AUGAGCAGUUCAAGAACAGAUCACACGUUUGAUGAUGUAUUGGCGUAUGUAAAGACAGUGAGAUUUGUGUUUGAAGAUAAGAUUGAAAAGUUUGACGAAUUUGUCAAACUUAUACGUGAUUAUGAAGCCAGAAGAAUUGGUAUAGAAGCUGUGAAAGAAGGAGCGAUAGAGUUGUUUAAAGAGCACAAAGAUUUACUUUCAAGAUUCAAUAUCUUCCUGCCAGGAAACGAAAUUUCACUUCCAUUGGAUGAUGAACAGCAAGGUGAUGGUGAUGAGUUUGCGGUCAAAGAUGAAAACCAAGGUGAUGAUGAUGCAUUAGUGGUGGAAGAUGAACAGAAAAACGAUGAACUGCUAGGUGAUGGUGAUCUCCUAGCGGUCAAAGAUGAAAAACAAGGUGUUGAUGAUGCAUUAGUGGUGGAAGAUGAACAGCAAGGUAAAGAUGAUGCAUUUGCUGAGAAAAAUGAACAGAAAGAUGAUGAGAAAAAAGGUAAUGAUGAUGAAUUUGCGGACAAAGAUGAACAAAAAGGUGAUCAAGAUGCAUUAGCAGUCAAAGGUGAACAGAGAGUUGAUGAACAACAAGCUGAUUGUGAUGCAUUAAUGGUCGAAGAUGAACAGAAAGAUGAUGAACAACAAGGUGAUGGCGAUACAUUAGCGGCCAAAGAUGAUGAAGAUCAAGGUGAUGGUGAUGAAUUAGCAGUCAUAGAUGAUGAGCAACAAAGUGAUGAUGAUGCAUUUGCGGCCAAAGAUGAACUUAAAGAUGAUGAACAAGGUGAUCAAGAUGCAUUAGCAGUCAAAGGUGAACAGAAAGAUGAUGAACAACAGGGUGAUGGUGAUGCAUUAAUGGUCGAAGAUGAACAGAAAGAUGAUGAACAAGGUGAUGGCAAUGCAUUAAUGGUUGAAGAUGAACAUAAUGAUGAACAACAAGGUGACUACGAUGCAUUAAUGGCCGAAGAUGAACAUAAUGAAGAUGAACAACAAGGUGAUGGCGAUGCAUUAGCAGUCAAUGAUGAUCAGAAAAAUAGCGAACGGCGAGGUGAUGACAAUGCCUUAGCAGUCAAAGAUGAUCAGAAAAAUGAUGAACAUCAAGGUGAUGAUGAUGCAUUAGCAGUCAAAGAUGAUCAGAAAAAUGAUGAACAUCAAGGUGAUGAUGAUGCAUUAGCAGUCAAAGAUGAUCAGAAAAAUGAUGAACAUCAAGGUGAUGAUGAUGCAUUAGCAGUCAAAGAUGAUCAGAAAAAUGAUGAACAUCAAGGUGAUGAUGAUGCAUUAGCAGUCAAAGAUGAAGAACAAGUUUGA